AAAAAAAUAAACCCUGAAACUAGCAGCCAUUUACACACAAAAAAAUCAGAAAAACAAACCAAAAAAAUAGCAAAAUGGGAAAGUUGUUCGGUUCAGUGUGAACGGAGGCUGGAUCCGUCGCUUUUAGAGCUUUCUAGUGGUUCUGAUCGUUGAGUUUUGGGUUCCAGUCUUCACAACAUUCGGUUUCAGAGUUAGGUUGUUUUGGUUGUUGGACAUUUCAAUCGGUGAAAGGAAAGAGGAGGUGGAGAAGAAGAUGAAAUAUGAUUACGGCGGUCGGCGGUGGAUCUAGAUUUUUUUUUUUAAUUUCAGUUUUUUCUAGAUCAAGGAGAGAAGGAUAGGCUUUUGGAAAAAGUAAUCUGAUCAAAGAUAGAAGAGAUUAAGAGAAAUUUUUGGUGAUUUUUAGGCAUUUUUCAAACCACUGUGACCUGCGUUCGACGAAAACGGCGACGGUCGUAUUCUAGGGAGCCUUGGCCGACAUGGGGGAGAAAAAUGUUCAAAGAGAAGAAAUGGUGCCUUUUAUAGUUAGGGAGGUGCCAAAUGGCACCGUUUGAGAGGCCAAUAGUCACAAAAAAAAGAAAGGGGAAAAAAAAGGGGGAGCGGGGAAGGAGGAGAUAUAAGUGGGAAAGAAAAAGCAAAGGAGAGCGAAAAAAAAAAGUAAAGAAAGAGUAAAAGAAAAAAGGAUUGGGUGCAUUGGUAAAGGUUGCAGCGUUUGUUGGAAGUCUCAUGUUCUAACUUUCACAAGCGGUUGUUUUGGGUGAACAACAAAAAAGGAGAAGCGGGCCACUAGCAAAGGGAAAGCCCAGUGCGUGACCCAAAGGUGAAGCUCAGUGGAUCGUAGGCCCAGAAGAAAAAGGGCAAAGAAGAGAGGUUCAACAGAAAAAGAAAAAGUGCCUGGAGAAGGGUUCAAGCCUGUGGAGGUUUAACAACGGUCAAAAAUAGUGUGCUUUUGCCUACUCCACUAGAGUGGGGGAAAGAAGAGUUUUCUGAAGAUGGGUUCUUAUGGAAUGCUUGCCAGAAGGAUUGUAGAGACUGAAAUGCCAGUCAUGGUUCAGAUACAGGAAUUGAUCCGAGGAGCUAAAAAUGCUAUGUCACUUGCUCAGGGAGUAGUAUACUGGCAACCACCGAAAUGGGCUUUGGAUAAGGUCAAAGAUCUUAUUGAGGAGCCUUCAAUUAGUCGUUAUGGUGCUGAUGAAGGUCUUCCCGAACUUAGAGAGGCAUUGAUAAGAAAGUUGCGUCAAGAGAAUAAUUUGCGCAGAUCUUCAGUGAUGGUUACUGCAGGUGCAAAUCAGGCAUUUGUAAACCUUGUUCUAACGUUGUGUGAUGCGGGGGAUUCUGUAGUCAUGUUUGCCCCAUAUUAUUUCAAUGCCUACAUGUCGUUCCAGAUGACAGGUGUCACUAAGAUACUGGUGGGUCCUGGUUACCCAAAGACUCUUUAUCCAGAUGCAGACUGGUUAGAAAAGACAUUGCUGGAAACUAAGCCUGUUCCAAAGCUUGUUACUGUUGUUAAUCCUGGCAACCCAUCUGGGACCUACAUUCCAGAGCCACUACUUAAGAGGAUCUCAGAUCUAUGCAGAAAUGCUGGAUGCUGGCUGGUUGUAGAUAAUACAUAUGAGUACUUUAUGUAUGAUGGUCUAAAACACUCUUGCAUAGAAGGAAAUCACAUAGUCAACAUCUUUUCUUUCUCAAAAGCCUAUGGGAUGAUGGGAUGGCGAGUUGGAUAUAUUGCUUACCCCACAGAAGUGGAGGGCCUUGCAACACAACUUCUCAAAGUUCAAGACAACAUACCUAUUUGUGCUUCUAUCAUUUCACAGCGCCUUGCCCUUCACUCUUUAGAAGUGGGACCUGAAUGGGUUCUUGAACGAGUCAAAGAUCUUGUCAAGAAUCGAGAAAUAGUUGUAGAAGCACUCUCACCAUUGGGAGAAGGUGCUGUAAAGGGUGGAGAAGGUGCAAUUUACUUGUGGGCAACUCUACCAGAGAAAUAUGUUGAUGAUGUCAAGGUUGUUCACUGGCUUGCUAACAGGCAUGGGGUGGUUGUGAUCCCAGGAACUGCAUGUGGGUGCCCAGGGCAUUUAAGAAUUUCCUUUGGUGGGCUGAUGGAGGAUGACUGUAGAGCAGCUGCAGAGAGGCUGAAGAGAGGAUUAGGAGAACUGGUGAAAGAUGGAAUGGUGCAGUAA